GGUUUGGAACCUACCGGAAACUGUGUUGGAGCUCCAGCACGUUUUACGAUUGAUAUUUUUAGCGCUGGCGAUGGUAUUCCCUCGGUGGUCGUUUUGAGUCCGUCCGGGCAAGUAGAACACUGUGAGAUAAAGAAAAAUUUCCGUGAUGAGGACGAUAGGAGAAGAUCUGGUGCUGGAAUCUCUGAUGGAGAAGCUAAUAGAAAUAAAACUUUCUCUUGUACUUAUACUCCCAAGAUGCAAGGAACUUAUAGAGUUGAAAUAAAAUAUGGACCCAAGAAUGGCGGUAAUCAAACCGAAAUUCCAAAGAGUCCAUUCGAAGUAGGUGUUGAUCCUAGACCUGGUGAUGCCUCAAGAUGCUCUGCAAUGGGACCAGGUAUUGAACCGAAUGGAAAUAUUGCAAACAGAGGAACCUAUUUUAAAGUUGAUACGGAUAAUGCUGGUGUUGGCGUUGUCGACGUUGCAAUUAAAGAUCCUAAUGACAACUAUGACACUGUCAGACCUCUUGUCAAGAAAGAAAGUCCUACAACAUGGUUAGUUCAAUACACUGCUAAAGUGCCUGGAAGACAUCACGUUACUGUAAAAUUCGCUGGAAGAGAUAUUCCUGGUAGUGCCUUCACCGUCAACGUUAGUCCUGCCAGUGGACCUGAACAAGCACCCUCUUGUUCACCAGUUCAAGCAGCCCUUGCCUGCUUUGCACCACCUCAGAAGCAAGCACCUUCUCAGAGUGCUCCUCCAGUUCAGUACGCAUACGUACCGAAACCCAUCGAUUCAAAGAAAGUCUAUGCAACCGGAAGAGGUCUUCAACCUAAAGGUGUUAGAGUUGGUGAUAUUGCUGAUUUUAAAGUUCAUACUGAACUAGCUGGAUCUGCUGAUCUGAAAGCCGAAGUAUUGGGUCCAGGCGGACGUCCUGUUCCGUGCCAAAUUCGAAAGAAGGAUGCGAAUCUCUUUGAAUGCUUUUAUGAACCGAAAGAUGUUGGCGACUAUAAAGUAAUCAUUCAGUAUGGUGGACAAGAUAUCGCAAAGAGUCCUUUUAGUGUCCACGUUGGACCCUACAAAGAAUCGCGCAUUAGAGCUUACGGACCUGGCCUCGAAGCUGGAGUUGUUAAUUUCCCAGCAAAAUUCACCGUAGAAACUAACGGAGAAACCGGUUCACUUGGAUUUCAGAUUGAGGGACCUUCUCAAGCGAAAAUAUCUUGCGAUGAUAACCGCGAUGGCUCAGCUGAUGUGACUUACUAUCCAACUCAACUCGGAGAAUAUGCAGUUCACAUAUUAUGCAAUGACGAAGAUAUUCCCAAGUCACCUUAUAUGGUACCCUUUAGUACUGCACCCUCUCCAGAUUUUGAUCCCAGUCGCGUUGAAGCUAGUGGACCAGGCUUGGAGAAAACUGGAAACACUGUAAAUAAAUGGGCUGAAUUUAAUGUCAAUACUAGACGAGCUGGUAGAGCUAAGUUAAAUGUUACAUGCAUCGAUGCUGAUUUGAAACCUGUGAAACAAUUGCACGUUAGAGAUAACAAAGAUGGUACCUUCUUCUGUCGUUAUAUGCCAGAAAGAUCCGUCAAGCACACUAUUAUUAUUUCUUAUGGUAAUGUCCAAAUACCAAAUAGUCCUUAUAGAGUUCUCGUUGAAGAAUCGAGUGAUCCAAAUAAGGUUAAAGUCUAUGGCCCUGCUUUACAACCGGGCAGUGUUAUGACUUUUACUCCAACUCAUCUAAAUGUUGAUUGCAACGAAGCCGGACCGGGUGACGUUUCUUUGACCUUAACUGACGAAUGCGGCUUGGAUGUACCUGUAGAGACCUAUCAAGACGGACCUAACAAAUUCCGAAUUGACUUCGUACCCACAAGUUCUGGAACGUACACUGGUCGAGUAUUUUUCGCUGGUCAAGAAAUCCCUAGAUCUCCAUAUGCAAUUCGAGUUGAACCAUCGUUUGAUGUUUCAAAGGUGACAGUCAGAGAUUUGGAAAAGACCGUACCUGUCGGAAUGGAGAAAGAAUUCGAAAUAGUAACUAGUGGAGCUAGUAAAGUUCCUUUGAAACCUGGAGAAAGCUUACCCGUUCAGGUUCAUAUAAAAUCACCAUCGCAAAAAGUUAUGGCGGCUCAUGUUGAAGAUACUAUUGAUGGUAGUGCCGCUAAAUUUACAUGCUAUGAACCUGGAAAUCAUGUUGUGGAUGUUCUCUUUGCUGGCCAGCAUAUACCGGGUUCUCCCUUUGUUGUGGAAGCUCUUGCUGCGCAACCAACAACUCCUAGCGGAGAUCCUAAUAAGGUUAGAGCCUACGGACCCGGUUUGGCUGGUGGAACUUCUAACGAACCGGCUAACUUUACUUUGGAUACAAGAGAUGCCGGUCCUGGUGGAUUAGGAUUAACAAUAAAGGGGCCAUCAGAGGCUAGAAUUGAAGCAGUUGAUAAAGGAGAUGGAACUUGCGAUGUUCGUUACUGGCCAACUGAACCAGGAGAGUACAUUAUUGAUGUAACUUAUGCUGAUAAGAAGAUACCGGGUGCCCCAUUUGUUGCACAAAUUAAUCCCGGUAGAAUUGUUGAUGUCAGUGGAAUCAGAGCCUAUGGUCCCGGUUUGCAACCGGAUGGCGUCUUCCUAGAAUCAAUGACUGAAUUCACUGUCGAUGCUCGUUCUAUUACAUCAAAAGGAGAUGGAAAGGUCAGAGCCUUUGUAACCUCUCCAUCUGGAGUGAGAACUGAAGCCUUAGUAAAUAAUCAAUCUAAUGGCCAAUAUAGAUGUUUGUAUACGCCCCGUGAAAGAGGAUCUCAUAAGAUUGAUGUGACCUAUGAAGGAAUUAAGAUACCAAGAAGCCCUUUUGCAGUCAAUGUAACUCCAGGUUGCGAUCCAACCAGAGUUAAAGCCUUUGGCCCUGGUUUAGAAGGAGGCCAUACUAAUCAAGCUCAGUGCUUCACUGUUGAAACCCUCGGUGCUGGACAAGGGCAGUUAGGGUUAUCGAUCGAAGGACCUAUUGAGGCAAAAUUGCAAUGCGAAGACAAUAGAGAUGGUUCAUGCUCAGUUACUUAUAUACCAACUGUUCACGGAACCUAUGAUAUUGGAGUUAAAUAUGCAGGAACUCAUGUUCCAGGAAGCCCUUUCCAUGUCAAAAUUUCAGAUGUGGUUGAUCCAACGAAAGUUAGGUGCUAUGGAUCUGGUGUUGAACCAUACGGCGGUAGAUUCAACGAGCCGGUAACUUUUAUUGUUGAUGCAGCAAAUGCUGGAGUUGCUCCUCUUGAAGCAGAGGUUAUGUUUGCAAACGGCCAACGACGACCCGUUGAAACUAGGAGCAGAGGAGAUGGUACUUUUGACGCAACUUACGUACCUUUGAGCGAAGGACCAGCCAAAGUAAACGUUCUCUAUGGAGGAAAACCUGUACCUGGAUCACCUUUUACCUCAACUAUUCAACCAAGUUUUGAUGCUUCUAAAGUUCGUGUCUUGGGAGAUGGAGUUUCUAGAGGAGGUGUUCCUGCUAGUUUGCCAGUCUCUUUUGUUAUCGAUACUAGAGAUGCUGGACUCUCCGAUCUUGAUGUUCUUAUCACAGAUCCAGCAGGCAGAAAUGUUAGACCCUUAAUUGAUGACAACAAUGACGGAACCUAUACGGUUAGUUAUAAACCAGAAGAUCUUGGAAAUUACCAAGUUGUCGUUCGCUAUGGAGGUCAAUACGUUCCUGGGGCUCCAUUUAUUGUACCGGCUUUCCCUAUCGGCGAUGCAAGUAAAGUUCGUGUACCGAAGAAUGUUCCGGAAGUAAUUCCAGUUGGUCAAGAGUGCGUAAUAAAGAUUGAUACCGGAGAAGCUGGACAAGGUGCUAUCACUUGUAGAAUAAGUACAACAGGAGAUGCUGAUGUUGAUCUAGAUAUUGUUGACAACGAAGAUGGUACUGUUAGUUUAAUGUAUACUCCUCGUAUUCCAGGAGCACAUACGCUAAAUAUUAAAUUUGGCGGUCAACCAGUACCUGAUGGCGUUAUAACCCAGAAGGUAAUGGAUAUGGAUCAAUUCGAACAAGUUCAAGCGGAACAGCUACAAUCUUUAAACGCAGCCAAUAUUGAACCACAAUACUUUCAUCCGGUUGAUUUCUGCUUACCUGUUGGUCCAGUAUUUAACUUUGUUGAAGCUAGAGUUCAUACUCCAUCUAGAGAUGUCCAUAAGCCUCGCAUUGAAGACAAUAAAGAUGGUACAGUUACCGUAAGAUAUCAACCAACAGAGGAGGGCUUGCACAAACUUGAUGUCCUGUAUAAUAACAAACCAAUCAAAGGAUCGCCUUUUGAGUUUUAUGUGACUAGCGUUGGAUCUGGAAAAAUAACUGCCUAUGGUCCUGGAUUGACACAUGGUAUUGUUGAUGAAUUAGCUAGCUUUACAAUCGUGACGAAAGAGGCUGGAGGUGGUGGUUUAUCCCUUGGUAUUGAAGGGCCAAGCAAAGCUGAAAUUAAAUGUGUUGACAACAAUGAUGGUACAUGCUCUGUUAGCUAUCUACCCACCGCUCCCGGAGAUUAUCAGAUCAGUAUCAAGUUUGCUGGAAGACAAAUUGAAGGAGGUCCUUUCACUGCCAAAAUUUUAGGAGAAGGAAGACCAAAAGCUCAAAUGUCCUUAGGUGCUAAUGAAAUGUCAUUAGGAGUUAGUGAAACAGAUAUUUCCAAUUUAAGAGCUGAGAUAGUAGAUCCCAUCAAUAGACGAAAACAAUGUUCCUUGAAGUCCUUACCAAAUGGCCAUUUGGGAAUCUCUUUUAAACCCGAAAUGGUCGGUGAACACGAAGUUCACGUCUUGAAACGUCAUCCUGACGGAAGUGAGAAGCCAAUAGCAAAUUCUCCAUUUAAAAUAUAUGUUGGUGAAAGUGAUUUAAGUGACGCCUCAAAGGUGAAAGUCUAUGGAAGAGGUUUAAUCGAAGGUAUGGCAAAUGAGCUAAAUGAGUUUACCAUCAAUACGAAAGAAGCUGGAUAUGGUGGUUUGAGUUUAUCAGUCGAAGGACCUAGUAAGGCUGAUAUAGAAUGUACGGAUAACGACGAUGGAACAAUUGGAGUAACUUAUAGACCCACAGAACCUGGAAAAUACAUAGUCAAUGUUAAAUUUGCUGAUAAGCAUGUUCCAGGUAGUCCUUACCUUGUUACCAUUGGUGGUGACGUAAGCGGACAACAAAUGGAAUGUAUCACCAGACAAAGAGAAUUAGCUGAUGUAACUCAUGUUGGAAGUGAAUGUGAGCUAUCCUUGAAGAUCCCAGCAACGAAUCUGGCUGAUAUGACUGCCUAUGUAGAAUCACCUUCUGGAGUCGUUGAAAGAUGCAAUAUUGUUGAGUUAGCUCCAUGUCAUUACAGCAUUAAAUUUGUACCCACCGAAAUGGGCAUUCAUACUGUUUUCGUAAGGAAUCGUGGAGUUCAUAUACCAGGUUCUCCUUUCCAAUUUACAGUUGGCCCUAUAACCGACGGUGGCUCUCAUAAAGUUAAAGCUAGUGGUAGAGGUCUCGAGAGAGGAAUCUGUGGCGAGAGAAAUGAAUUCAAUGUUUACACUCGAGAGGCUGGAGCUGGUGGUCUGUCAAUAGCCGUAGAAGGUCCCAGCAAGGCUGAAAUUGACUUCGAAGAUAAAAAAGAUGGUUCAAGCGUAGUAACUUACGUUGCUGAAGAGCCAGGAGAAUAUCUCUGCUCCAUUAAGUUUAACGAUCAACACAUCCCUGAAUCCCCUUUCAAAAUUCAAUUGGCACCUGGUGUCGCUCAUAGACCCAAUUUAAAACAACAAAAUCAAUUAUUGGUUAAUGAACCAGCAGAGUUUAUUAUAGAUCUAGACACGGACGGCGGAAGAAUAGAUGCAGUCGUAGUAUCUCCAGCUGGUGUUGAAGAAGAGGCAAUCGUUCAACAGUUAGAGCGUAAUAGACAUUCUGUUCGAUUUGUACCCCGCGAGAAUGGCGUUCACGACAUUCAUGUUCGUUUAAAUAACGCUCCGUUGAUGGACAGUCCCUACAAGGUAGCUGUUGGUCAAUUAGAUGCUGAUGCUGGUCGUGUAAGAGCAUAUGGAGAAGGCCUCCAAAGAGGUCGCACUUGCGAACCUUCAAAGUUCAUCGUCAAUACUCUGAACGCUGGUUCAGGAGCAUUGGCCGUCACAGUCGACGGUCCAAGCAAAGUUCAACUUAACUGCCGGGAAGUAGCCGAUGGCUACGAGUUUACUUAUACACCUACCGCCCCUGGUGAUUAUCUCAUAACGAUCAAAUACGCUGGAAAUACACAUGUUCCUGGUUCUCCUUUCUUGGCAAAGGUCGAAGGUCCAGGUCCACAAAGAGGUCGUUUCCAGGACAGUUCAGAGGUGGUCGUCGAAACGGUGACCAAGAGUAGUAGUACACAACGCUAUUCUGCACCUGUUGUAUCGGAUGCUUCAGCUGUUCGAUGCUCUGGUCCUGGCUUAUCCAAAGCAGGCCGAAAUGUUCCAUCAAAUUUUGUAGUUGACGCCUCCCAAGCUGGUAAUAACAUGCUCUUGGUCGGUGUACACGGUCCUGUUUGUCCUUGCGAGAAAAUUGUCGUUCAACACAGAGGUCGCAAUAUGUAUGAUGUCAGUUACGUCCUCAUAGAGCCCGGAGAUUAUACUUUGGCCGUUUUAUGGGGCGAUAAGCACGUUCCUGGUAGUCCUUUCAAUGUGCAUGUUUAG